GGCGGCUCGCUUGUUGGUGGGUGCGGCGGUGGUUGUCGGUACUCCCUGCUGAGAGUUCUGGCCCCGUCUGGCGCUGCCGCCGCCGGUGUCACCGUCGGUGUCACUGGCACUAUCGCCGGCUGAGGUGUCGCGGUAGCUUCUGCAGACACAGCCACAGCCUGGCCCUGCCCCACAGUCAUUGAGGAUGAGCCCCCGCGCUGCCCAGCGCGCGUCCCGCCCUGCCCGCCCGAGCCCAUUCAUCUAGCGACUGGUCUCCCUUGCAAUUAUGGAGUUUUAGAAGAAUAAGGUUGUGUGGAGGGGGAAUCCCCCUCUGCACACUAGAGGUAGUUCACUUUUGGAAUUUUCUAUGGACAAGAAUAUUUGUUAUAUAAGAUGGUGAAAUAAGACUUCUAAAAAUAUAUAUUUAUAAAUAUUUAUUUGAAUCAAGUGCCAAACGUAAUAGAACAAAGUUUUCUAAUGGCAGCUCAAUAAAACUGGAUUUACAUCCUUGGAAUUACAAUUUUUCUAGGGCACUGUGUUGUGUACUGAAUCAGAGUGCCUUGAUACACUUAAGGGUUGUUCCCCUUAAGGAGAGGAGCAGCUUUAGAAGUGAAGAUGAGUUCUUACAUGCCAGAGUGCACUUCAAAGUGUCGAUCUCUACAGCAUGCUUUGGAUGUUAUUUCUGUAGUAACCAGAGGAAGUGAAGGCCAGAUCAAGGCCUUUCUCUCUUCUUACUGCUACAAUGCUGCAACUAUAAAGGAUGCCUUUGGCAGAAAUGUUAUACAUCUCGCUUCGUCUUGUGGCAAAAAAGGUGUGCUAGACUGGUUGGCUGAGACCAAAGGAGUAGAUCUCUUGGCGAAAGACAAAGAGUCUGGAUGGACAGCUUUGCACAGAAGUAUAUUUUAUGGAUACAUUGAUUGUGUUUUGUCAUUACUGAAGCAUGGCGUUAGUCUGUAUGUUCAGGAUAAAGAAGGCUUAUCAGCCCUGGAUCUUGUGAUGAAAGAUAGACCUAUCCAUGUGGUGUUCAAGAAAACUGAUCCCACAGAAGUCUACACCUGGGGAAACAAUAUAAAUUUCACUUUGGGUCAUGGUGGUCAACAGGGUAAACAUCAUCCUGAGCUGGUGGAUCUUUUUCCUCGGAAUGGCGUGUAUAUCAAACAGGUGGUACUCUGCAAAUUCCACUCUGUAUUCCUUUCCCACAAAGGUCAAGUUUAUACAUGUGGACAUGGACAAGGAGGGCGCUUGGGUCAUGGUGAUGAACAAACGUGCCUGGUUCCAAGACUUGUGGAAGGCUUAACUGGUCAUCAGUGCUCCCAGAUAGCUGCAGCUAAGGAUCAUACUGUUGUUUUAACAGAAGAUGGAUAUGUUUACACAUUUGGUUUGAAUACUUUCCAUCAAUUGGGUAUUCUUCCUCCUCCUCCUAACUGUAGUGUUCCUAGACAGGUUCAGGCAAAAAACCUGAAAGGUAGAGUGGUGAUUGGAGUGGCUGCAGGCAGAUUCCAUACAGUGCUAUGGACUAAGGAAGCAGUGUAUACCAUGGGGCUGAAUGGCGGUCAACUAGGUUAUCUGCUGGAUCCUAAUGGAGAAAAAUGUGUAACUGCACCUCGCCAAGUUUCUGCUCUACAUCAUAAAGACAUCUCUGUGUCCUUGGUCUCUGCAAGUGAUGGUGCUACAGUAUGUGUUACUGAAAGAGGAGAUAUUUAUUUACUUGCAGACUAUCAGUGCAAAAAGAUAGCUUCAAAACAACUGAACCUUAAAAAAGUUCUUGUCAGUGGGGGAUAUUUGGAAUAUAAGGUAGAUACCCAGCAUCUUAAAGAAAAUGGAGGUCAGAAGAUUUGCAUUCUGACACUGGAUGAAGCUGGAAGAGUGUUCUGCUGGAAGUCAUCUAACAGCUCCAUGAAGCAGUGCCGUUGGGUAUAUAGCCGGCAAGUCUUCAUGUCUGAUGUUGCUUUAAAUGGGAACGAAAUAAUGUUUGUCACACAGGAUGGUGAAGCCUUUACAGGGAAGUGGCUGGAAGAAGGGAAAAAAAUCUCAGAAAAGAAAGAACUUGUAUCGAGCCUUCAGAAUUCUUCAUGCGAUGUGUCUUGUGAACAUGAUGCAAACAGUGUGUAUGAAAGAAUUCGACUUCAGAAGCUAACUUUUGUCCACCGAGCUGUUAGUAUUGCCACUGACCCUAGUGGCUGCAAUUUUGCUGUAUUACAGUCAGAUCCUAAAACCAGUCUCUAUGAAAUUCCAAGUGUGUCACUAUCAAGUUUUGGAAUGGAUUUUGGCAAACUGUUAGAUGAAACAGAUGAAAUGGACAGCAUCCAUGAUGUGACUUUUCAGAUUGGCACAAGAACGUACCCCGUGCACAAAUACAUCUUGGCUGUACGCUCUGACUUCUUCAGGAAGCUGUUUGUUUCCAGUGACAACCAGCUAGACACUCCAGACAUCUACCGUAAAGAUGAAGAUGCUGUUGGAUGUGAUCUUUAUGUGAUAGAGAAAGUUCAUCCAGAUCUGUUUGCAUACCUCCUGCAGUUUAUAUACACUGAUACUUGCGAUCUUUUGACUCAUGGUUAUAAACCAAAAAUCCCAUAUAAAGAAAAAUCAGAAGAAUAUCAAAAUACUUUAAUUUCUAAUCUGAGCAAAAUGAGUUUUGAUGAAAAUGUUAAUGGAAAGUCUGCAUUUGAGAUUUAUAGAAAUAACCAAGUACAAGUUCUGAAUGAAAAACAGAAGAGCAAAUCUAAAAAAGGCAAAGCUGGUGAAGAAGCUAACCUCAUUAAAAUGUUGCAAAGUGCAGCAAAGAAAUUUGGACUCAGCAAUUUAAGUGGAAGGUUGGAUGGAGUCAGGUUAGAAAAUGGAAAAAUUAUUGUUGUCAACAAGAAGAAUGGGAACAAACCAAAAUUAAAUCAGAAGAAAUGUUCAUACCUCUGCGAUGUGACCCUGAAAUCUUUAGAUGGAAAGGAAUUCCCGUGUCAUAAGUGUGUACUUUGUGCAAGACUUGAUUAUUUUCACAGCAUGUUAAGCAGCUCAUGGAUUGAGGCUACCUGUUGUUCAGCUCUGGAAAUGCCAAUCCAUUCUGACAUACUACAGAUAAUUGUGGAUUACCUGUAUACAGAUGAAGCUCUUGCCAUAAAAGAUUCUCAAAACGUGGAAUUCAUGUGUAACGUUCUGGUGGUAGCAGACCAACUUCUUAUAUCCAGACUCAAAGAAAUCUGUGAAGUAGCCAUUGCAGAAAAACUUACUUUAAAGAAUGCUGCUGAGCUGUUGGAGUUCUCAGCCAUGUAUAAUGCUGAACAGCUAAAAUUGUCCUGCUUGCAGUUCAUAGGACUCAAUAUGGCAGCUUUACUUGAAGCAAGGACUCUGGAUGUCUUAAGUGAUGAUGUUGUGAAGGAUCUUUCUGUUUAUUACAGGAAAAUGAUUCCAGCUAUGGUCAGGAGAGUAAUUACCCCAUAUCCAGAUGGGCCUGACAUAAGUUCAUUUGAGCCUGAAGAUGGAGAGAAUUUUGUCUUUUUAAGGGAAGAAAUGAACACAGAACAAAAUUCUCAAGAAGCCCUUUUCAAAAGAGCAAAAAAUAAGGCAAAAAAGAAGCCACGAAAGCGGUCUGACAGCUCUGGAGGAUAUAAUCUCUCAGAUAUUAUUCAGAGUCCAGCCUCUACAGGCUCAGUAAAACUGGAUAAAACUAACUCUGUAGAAUCACUUCCAGAACUCUUAACAUCUGACUCUGAAGGUAGUUAUGCAGGAGUGGGUAGUCCCAGAGACUUGCAGUCACCUGACUUCACAAAAGGAUUUCAUCCAGAGAGGACUGAGAUGAAAGACAAAGCAUGUGCUCAGGGAAUGAAACCCUCUCAAGCUAAUAAGGAGAUGAAGUCAUACAAGGGAGCAUCAGCAUUGAAACAGUCUGUUCCACAGUCCAUUCCCAGUGCCAGACACAACUCUGCAAGCUCUCCCAAUUGGGUAGCAACCACUUUCAGCCCUGCCAGCCCUCCUGCUAUGGAUCUGAGAACCAUCAUGGAAAUUGAGGAAAAUAUGCAGAAAUGUGGAACCAUGCCAAAGGCAAAUUCAGGCAGAAUGAUGUCUCAUGGAACCAAACUUUCUCAGAAGCAAAGGAAAAUGAUUGCCCUGGCAGCAAAAGAUAAUGGAUCAAUCAGUAGCAGCACGGAGCCUACCACUAUAGUAACUACACCACCCCCACCUACAAAAGUUGCAAAACUAGGGAAUGCAUGGUCGUCUUCGUUACAUUCUGCCUCGCCCAAGUCAUUCCGUGAUCUUGUAAUGGAAGAAGAAAAAAGUAUGAGUGUGAAUAGUUCAUCUGGUACUGGUAUCAGAAGAUGUGGAUAUAAAGGAUCUGAGGAUUCAUUAGUCCAAAACACCUUAAGGUGCACCAGUAGAAGUAGCCCAGGUCUGGAAGACCAUGUUGUGGAUUCUCCUCAGCUGGAGAAUCAUAAUCCUUGGUCAGCAGCGUCACCAGCCAGCUCUCCUGUGAUGGCACCUGUCAUGUUUUCAGCUAUUGUAGAGGAAGAGCUCCAGCAAGAGGCUGCUCUUAUUAGGAGCAGAGAAAAACCUUUGGCUUUGAUCCAGAUCGAGGAGUGUGCAAUUCAAGAUUUAUUAAUCCACUAUGAAGCUUUUGACAACCCUGAUGAAUUUGUGACUGUUGAAAGGGCUUCACAGGGACCCAUAGCUGCACCUAUGUGGAACAAGCACUAAUCCGUACUCUUCAAAGUCCUCCCUUACACAGUCUUCACAGUUGUAUGUGCACUUUUGAAGUUGUAAUUCUUGCUACAAGUAAAACAGGACUGGAAGAAUAAGAAUCAUGAAACUUUUAACAUCAGCAUUAAAACACUGCCCAUAAUCACUAGGUAUUUGUUAAAGAGAAUGAAAUAAUAUGUUCACUGUGUCCUUUUCCCACAGUAUCUAUUGUAUGUAUGUUUUGAGAGAAUUUCUUUAACAAGACAUACUAUUAGUAAUGUUACUUGAAGCUGUAGAUUGGGAAUGCAUUUGCUAAUCUUAAAUUGUAAGGGUUUUUUGUUAAAUUUACAGGUGGCUGGAAAGCGAGUGCUUAUUUUGUGAUUUAAUGUGGAAUUGAAUGUGCAGAAUUACACACUUGAAAAGUUUGGGGGGAUAGUAUGUCCUUUAGAGCUUUCUGACCAAUUGGGAUUAUUGGAAAAAAGUUUGUGCUUGGAUUUUGUGUAAAGGUAUAGUUUGAUGAUGCAGUUUUCCUUAAGUUCCGUGUGCCGGUACUGGUUCUCUGGUUGCUGUGGCCAGUACAUUUCACUGUUGUGCCCCAGGCUGUUCCCAAGUGCCCGAUCUUUGCCUGCUCCUGGCUCAAUUGUAUGUUUUCCACUGUUGUGAGAUCAGCCUUUGAGCAGUGAGCUCUGUUGUGAAGUGAAGCACACAGUUGGAUAGAAGAUGGUGGCACUUAAUUAGCCCAUCUGUAGUCUUAUUCUGGUAAAUAUGGUACAGUUUUAGAACCACUGUGUUUGAGGAACAAUUCACUUGAAAUGCUGAAGGAAAUAAAAGAUCUGAGCAUGCAUUAUUAAAGCUAUAGAGAUGAGUGCUUGACUGGGGAAUUUGCAAACACCUAACCUUCAAAGAUUAUCGUAGAUGGCUUUCAAUAGUGUGUUCCAAAGUUCUCUGUGCCUGGUUGAAACAAAUUUGUAUAUAAAAAAAAAAAAAGGUAGCCUUAUCUGCAAUAUUCUGUCUAGUUUGUCUUGUUUGUGUAGGUGUGUUUGAACUUGUACUUUCUCAGUAGUGUUAGUACUUGCAAACUCUGGAAAACUGGAAUUGAGAGAGCUAUAGAAAAUGAAUGUAGAGAAUUGAUCACUGUGUGAUAAAAGAAUCUUGAAAAAACUUAUGUAGAUAUGUCUUAAUGAUUUCAGGUCAAGCUACACCAAAAAAAUUCCCCACAAAAAUUGUAAACAAACGCAAUAAACCAUAAAAUCUUGAUUUACACAAAGUUAAUAUACUUCUAUGUGCUGUCUAUAUAUAAUCAAUGAUUUAGGUAACUGCAGAGUGAUCUAAAAGUAUUUCUCUUCUGUAUGAAACAAGAAUUGUAGGCAUUUUGAAGCUGCACAGGUGAAAAAUGAUGUAACUUUUAAUUCUGUUUUAAAUUCUACUGGUGAUUCAUUCACUAUACUGAUGGUACUGCUUGCAGUAAGGGCUUUACUUGAUGCACUGCAGGGCUUUAGAGCCUGCUGAAACUAUACUUCUGAUUUAAAAGAAAGCUUAUGUACUGUGAGAAACAGCUAUAAAAGAAGUGGACCUUUCCAGGUGUGAACCCAAUUUGUUAUCAAAUGUAAAAUUAUUGUAAAGUUCCUAAUUUGUGGGGUUUUUUUCUUUUCAAAAUAUGCUGUUUAAAAUCUCAUUCUCCUGAUAUUGUAAGAGGAUUGAUGCUUCCACUGUGCCAGGGAGCUUGACUGCUUUAAGUUCUGGGUUUAUUGUCACAGUUUGUUUAGGCAUCAUCACUUAUAUGUAAUACUCCUAAACAAAAAUAAGGAAUGAUCAGUGUGCCACUCUUCUUGAGCUGAGAAUGUUUUUAAACUGUUGUGGUAGAAUAGCUUAAAGUUAAGGCUAAACUGUGACACAGAAGGCUGGCAUUUUCUAAGUCAGAUGCCCAAGUUUGUGACCUUUCUCAUAAUGCUAAAAAUCUUUGUUCACUCAA